AUAUAAUCCUGUGCAUUGGGGGGUGGAAUCGAUCUUGAGGAACCCGAGGCCUUCUUUUGUUUCCUCAUUUGGAACUUUUGAUAUCCACGCUGACAAAUCUCAGCCACGGAAUAUUUCCGGUGUCUUGGCAUAAUCAGAUAAGAUUGAUUAAAGGGAUCUGAUAACCUGCCCUCAAACUCUCCCGGCUUGGAAAAACCGCACAAUACCAGCAACGUCAUUUCCUGCUCCAUAUACAUAUAAAAAAUAAUUUGAAAGUAUACGGAGGGUAGAAGAUAUCGCGGCGCUGUCGGAAUACCAACUUUGAAAAGAUGCAAGCUCUGCUUCGUCGCGGGGCUGCGAUUCUCACACCAGGGACAAGCAGCCCAGCAGCGGACAGCGAAACGACGUGUACCACCGCACCAGAACAUACUCUCUUUACCAAAGUCAACCCAGCAGUUGACGGGGAAGACUGCGACCGCGACUGUGCUAGCUGCACAAUCCGAUACCCUGCCAAAUUUGACAUUGACACUCAAGAUAAAUUAUACGGCCAUGUCAAAGGAUGGGCCACCCACUUGCUCAUUGCGACGGGCAAGACGGACUGGGUGAGGGAUGUGACCGACGAGGAGGGAAGCGUCAUGGAAGCGAUUGAGAAAGGGGGCCUGGAACCUAGCAAUGGGCCCAUGAAGCUGUCUGCUUCGAACAUGCCCGUCCCGGAUGAGUAUCACCAUCAUGAGGUUGGGAAACAACCCACCACCGCUCUCAUCCUCCCAGCUUUCACAUUUGUCGAUCACGUCACCCCUGCCCUCGCUUCAGACCUGAUCACAUAUUUCGUCAGCCACUCUCUGACCACCACUUCCCCCCUAAAUAAUACCUCAUUGCCAACUACAAAGACACGCACCCCAGACCCAGAGUCUGACAAUUCAACUCCUGCCACGCCUCUUUCAUCCCAGACGGAGACGGUCCCUAACUCCUCCGUCGGCUAUACAGCCCUAACCCCUCUCCGCUCCCGCCCCUGUGGGCACUCUGCCGUGAUUCUCCUCUGUUCACAGCGGACCCGCGACGCUCGUUGCGGCCAAUCUGCUCCCUUGCUCCGGCGAGAGUUUGAAAGGCACCUACGGCCCCUUGGAUUAUAUAGGGAUCUCAACGACGAACGCCCUGGUGGGGUAGGCAUAUAUUUCAUAAGCCAUGUUGGCGGCCACAAGUACUCCGCGAAUGUGAUUGUGUACCGGCGGAGAAAUAUCGACUCCGCGGACGCUGCUGCGGAAGCGGGCAGAGCAGCGCGUGGUGAAGAAGGGGCUACGCAGGGGAUCUGGCUUGCGAGGGUUAGGCCGGAAGAUUGCGAGGGGAUUGUGAAGUUUACGGUUCUGAAGGGGAAGGUUAUCAAGCCAGAGAGCCAGCUGAGAGGCGGGUUUGAUCGUGAGAAGGGCCUGGUGAGCUGGUGAUUUCCUGGCAGGGUGAGAAUCGGUUUAUUGGCUUUCUUUUAUUUUUUAUUCUUUUUUUCGGGCUAUUCUAUCUACUUUACAUGAUGAAAUCUAUUGCGAGACUUUCGGGUAUUUUAUUCUAAGAAGUUUUGGGCGCCUUAGCCAUCCAAACUAGCACUAUAUAUCCAUAUAUUCAGGGGCUAAUAACAUUUAUUUCGAAAUCAUAUUCCUAUA